CUUCCCAAAGUGUUCAACUGUCAUUGAAACUCCGUGCUAUCAACAUGAAGUUUCUUUUAGUAUCAGUGGUGCUCUUAGUGGGUUCAUCUCUUGCUGUACCAGUGGUAAGGCGAGUACGAAGAGAUAUUCUUCCUGGAGAUCCACGAUAUGGUACAGAUUAUCAUCAUCACCAUCAUCAUGUUCAUGGUGACCACCAUGAUCAUUCUCACGGUCAAGUUCAAGUAAGCAAAGCUACUGGAAACUACGUUGGAUCUUACUUGGCACCCGCUCCAGUUUAUGGACCACCUGGUUACCAACCCGGUACUCCUCUUGGACCUCAAAAUACUCCUGUUUUCGCUGGAACUUACCAACAACCAGCUCAAGUGCACAAUCACUAUCAUCACGUACCAGCACCCACUUAUGGAGUUCCAACCCAACAAGAACAUCACCAUUAUUCAGGUUCUCAACCCUCCGCACCGAUUACAACUAAAGUCACACCCACUGUUAGUCAACCAAUUGACUCCUAUGGAAGCCCAAUCAGUACUAACGUUAAUCAUCAUCAUCAUCAUCAUCAUCAUGAAACAAUGCAAACAGUUCAACAACCAACCAGAAGCUACCUCACCCCAGUAAUUGAAAGUAAGAAGCCAGAAGCCACUGUCAAUACUAAGGUGUUAUAUGACCAACCUAAAGUUAAUAACGCAUACUUGGAACCAACUGUUCGAUCACCAGCUACAUCAGUCCCUAAAUUACAAUUUGUUCCCGAAUCCCGGCCUGUACAAAAGAACCAAGUUACCGUUGAAACUGUACCAGCUACACUUCUACAUGAAUACACGACCGUCGUUCGUGACGAAUCAGUAGGAGAAGCACCAUCAGGCCCUUUCCCAUCUAUCCCGAACUUCCCCGCCUCGUUCCCCAACUUUGAAGUUCCUCAAGUCCCAGACUUCUCAACAGCUACCCAAGGCUUUACUGACAAUUUCAGUAACUUUGGCGAAAAUUACGAAAACUUCGUUUCCAAUUUCAAUACCAAUGGAUUUAACUUCCCUGGUUUUGGAACCCAAACUAAUGAAAAAGUUGAAUCAACACCUGUCCAAUCAGCUCCAGUUGUCAAACAGGCAGACGAACCAGUUACUGACACUCAAUCAGUCGUUGUUGAAAAUCAUCAUCAUGAGCAUCAUGAACUCCAUCAACAACACCCACAUCAAGAACACCAAUAUCAACACCAACCUCAAGAGCACCAACAUCAACAACACCAACAUCAACACCAACAUCAACAACACCAACAUCCACAGCCAACAGCUAACAAAGAAACCCAACAACUUGUUGACAACAACGGUGGAUAUGUUUAUUAGAAAACAUAUUGAUAAAUUCUAAACAUUAAAACAUGCAUUAUAAAUAAUAGCAUUAUAAAAUUUUAGUACCGAUACUAAAAAUAAAAGAAUUAGAUCAUUUUAAGUCAAAUGUACGAUGUAUUUAAAAGAGCUUCUUACAAGCUGAUACAAGUUCAUUUUUCUGAAAUAAAUUGUACAAAAAUUUUAUACAAUUUUUAAAAUAA